CAGCGAGUUGAAGACCGGGCUUGUAUGUUAGUGUCAGUGUAUUACUAUGAUGCAGAUAGAAGGAUAAUGUAGCUUGAAAUACCGUAAAGGCCGUAUUAAAAAUGGUCCUGGUUUCUGUAAUAUUGCUCUGUGUAAAUAGUAGGUGUAAGCAUGUAUUUUUGCUAUGGCAACUUUAACACUACCAACACUAUAGAUAGCAGCCCUUCAGAAAGCCGCCAUUUUAUUUGUAUUGUAUCGCCAUUUCAUUUCUAUCGUGAGAUGGAGAAUUGGACAAGAAAGUGAGACAGAAAUAAAAUAAUAUUCUGAAUCAUUUUAAAUUUACAAUAGUACUUGAAGUAUCAUCAAAGUUUACACAGAAUAUUGAUAUCAGCGGAUAUAUAAAAUGUGCAACUGAUUGAAUUGAGUGAUGAAGUAAUAGUUUGAUGUGCCGAUAUGUUCACCACGAACGCCGUACAAACCGGCACUGUGCCGACUUUGCAGUAUCAGGAGCAUCCAACACAGAAGUCUCAAGGCAAGAGCAUAGAAAACGUUCAACAAAAGAAUGCCCAACAGACUCAACAAACCCAACAACAACAACAGGAAUUCCCUACAUUUUGUUACACUACCAACGUGAAUAUGAUUGGUAAACUUGGCACAGGGGCCACAAGUGGGGCUGGGAAUGUUACUGGAGGUGUCAAUAUAACACAACUAACUACAAGUGAUGAUAAAACAUGCUACAUAGCACAGCCAUUCUCUUACAAUUAUGCAUUGGUAAAUCAAAUGCAAAUUGCUCCAAAUGGCAUUCAGAACACAAUAUCUAAUAUAAGUUUUAAAUGCGAUGUCUGUGGUUUGAUGUUCGGACAUCUCACUCUACUUAAUGCUCAUAAAAGGAUACAUGCACAAGACACAGAUAACAAUAUAACAGUGGUAGCUACUGGUGUAAGCACUGGCAAUGAUGUGGCCAUGCCUCCACACAUUCAGAUCCUGUCCUCGGAAACCAAUGAACAGCAGCAACACCAUGUACAAAUUCAAGACACAAAGCCUGUAAUAAUAGACAAAAUCCAGAAAUGUAUUACAUGUGGUGGACCCAUUGCUAACAAUCCUAAACGAAAGGGUCCUAAACUGAUAAGAUGUGAAAAUUGUAUCGCACAAGAUUCUGUUGACCAACAGAGAAAUAAUCAGAUAAACGCAACACAAAUCUUUGUGGCUGCUGAGGAAAAUGUUAAGUUUGAAGUAAGUGCUGUCAAUGCUGUGCAAGCUGCAUCAGAUCCACUGUCGACGACACAGCCAACCCAGCAGACACAGCAGCAGCAGCAGAAACCUUUACCUGGCCACCAUCCUGUGAAGAGGAGAAACUUAGCAUCUGUCACUAAAUGCCAGAAUUGUAAUGGUUCAGGCAUAAUAUUUGUAGGAGGGAAUAAGAAUAAGUUAAAUCAAUCAAAUUCGGACAAACCAUUCCAUUGUAAUAUCUGUGGGGGAUCAUUCGCGAGAUACUCCUCGUUAUGGUCGCAUAAAAAAUUGCAUUCAGGAGAGAAAAACUUCAAAUGUGGUAUUUGCGGUAUUGCAUUUGCUAAGGCUGUUUAUCUUAAGAAUCAUUCAAGAAUACACACUGGAGAAAAACCAUAUAGAUGUAACACAUGUGGAAUGCAAUUUUCACAAUCGCCACAUUUGAAAAACCAUGAAAGAACACAUUCAGGGGAGAAACCUUAUGUGUGUGAAGUCUGCGACAAGGGAUUUGCAAGGCACGCCACUUUAUGGAAUCAUCGGCGUAUUCACACUGGCGAGAAACCAUACAAAUGUGAAACAUGUGGGUCAGCGUUUAGCCAAGCCGCCCAUCUCAAGAACCACGCUAAAGUGCAUUCCGGAGAGAAACCCUUCAAAUGCGACAUUUGUACGGCCGCAUUUGCAGACAGGUUCGCCCUUAAGCGACACCGAGGGAUUCACGACAAAUAUGGGCAAACGGCACCAUUACCGUCAAGAAUACAGCAAAAUCAACAAGAGCAACAACAAUCUCAACAGAAUAAUGAUCAGCAAAACUCUCAACCUGCUGCUGACGUGGAACACCAUAAUGAACAAUCACUCUGAGCCUAAAGGACUCUACGUAUCUUAUAACCCCACCAGAAACUAUUAAUCUAGGUGAAAAGGCGUGUCAAGCUCAAGGGAUAUUUUCUGACGAGAUACAUAAUAUUGUGAUAAAAAAAUACCCCCAUUUUGUAUUAGCCGACAUUUCUCUACAAUUUUUACGAAAAGUUAAGAAAAUGCUACGUUAGUUUAAGUACUUUAUUACACACUUCGUAUUUGCGAAAUGACCACGGAUGCUUCAUAACUAACAAUUCAAGUCUCAAACGUUCUAUAAAAAAAAGUGUUUGGUAUGUAAUCGCCAAAGUACAGAUUUUACAAUACAUAAGUACAAUAAAAAUUGCUAGGAAAAACUAUUUCGGGAGUAGGGGAAGUACUAGUUUCGGCGUACUGCUUCUUAAUUACAUACCAUAAAAUAGCAAUGCGGUAUUUGUUACUUACAUAUAGAUGAUUAAAUGUAGAACUCGGUGUUAUAAAAAAAAAUAUGGGAGAAGGGGUAUUUACUACUUGCAGUGUUAGUAAACUUUCCUGACUAAUCUUAAUUUGGUUCUCAAAAUAUUGGCUGUGUAAUAUGCGAUUCAUCCUCUGUAUUUAUGAAAGGAAUAUGUUAGUUUGUCAAAUUUGUAAAUAAAUCAAAAUCAGGUGCAUCACGAAGCCAAUGUGAUUUAGUAUUUUAGCAUAUCCAAUGAUACGUCAAUACAAUAUUGUUAUAAAUAGGUAGUGGAUGGGAUGAACUUACCAAUAUUAGAAGCAAUACUUUUUCUUUGUUGUAGGUAACUGAACUGUAAUACAAUCCAGUAUAAUUAUUAUACAAUAACUUAAUAUUUUAUUUAGACAUUAAUUUAUCAUUUAAUGAUAUUGUAGUAAGUGCAACUCAUCCAGAAACAACGGCAUCACAGUGAUGUUUUGUAAGUUAAACCUGGAUUUUUAAUUAUGAAUUAUAUAGUAAAAUUUUUGUCUAGAAUCGUA